GCUGGCACGCACUCUCUGUCCUUCAGCUGCCUUGCGAACGCACCUGGUUUGUACUCCUUGCCCGCAGCAAAAGCAUACUCCGAGAAGCAUGCGGAGGUGAUGGGUUUGAGUGGAGCGGCUUCUUUCCUUGUGGAGGAGACAGCAUCCACUUCCAACGCAGUGUCAGCGAUGCAGCUUCGAGAAUACCGCGCAUCAGUUUGGCGUGCUUUCAAGGUCAACUUCACUGAAAGCUCUGGCUCCUUGGCACCGAUAGCUUGCCCAAAGGCUUGCCCUCCGGCCGGGAGCUGCAAUGUGGCAAAAGGUCGAUGUGAGUGCGCUUCGUCGUCAGGAGAGAUGCUGCCCUGCGAAGAAGUAUCUGCAAAGGUUGAGGCACCUUUCUCGAAGUUGCUCGGCCCAAGCAAACAAGACCGCACGAAGGAGGACUUCAUACCUCCCCAUGGUGGAAAUCUGCGGCUUCCAGAGGACACUCCGAAGGCCAACAUGCCAAGCACACAAGUGGUCAUAGCGGGGCUUCUCUUU